AUGGCGAGAAUGAAGGCAAGCAAACUAUACUUACGAACUGUUUGUGCAAGAAGAAGCAAAGAAACAAGGCAAAAUGUGUUGUCAACCAAGGUCAUGAAGGAGGAGAAGACUCCAUUUGGUGAACAAAUCUUUGGCACAAAAGACUGGGAUAGUCAAUUGCUCUACUCUACCAUCCUCCCAAUAGAGACUUCAAAAACUUUUCCGAGCGUAGAGACACCAGAUGAAGCUUACCAAAAGACAUUCAAAAACUGCGAUGAACUGCUGCCAACUCUCCCUCAAACCAAAGGUUGGUGGUUCGGCCAGCGUUUCCAAUACCAUGGCUUUUGGAUAUCAGGUUUUUGUAUAAGAGGAAGCAUGUUGAUCCAUGACCACUUCAAGCCUCGAUCCACUGACAUCGUCGUCGCAACAUCACCUAAAUGUGGCACCACCUGGCUCAGAGCCCUCGUUUUCUUCAUUAUCAACAGAGCUUCCUUUGAUUUCAGCGACCAUCCUUUGCGCAAAGCAAACCCUCAAGACUUAGUCCCUUGCUUCGAAUCAAUUAUUCAUAAAGAUGGGUCAACUUCCUUCGUCGAUGGGAUCCCUUCACCUCGCCUUCUUUCAACUCACCUUCCUUACUCUUUGUUCCCAACACGCAUGACCGAUGAUACCUCGGCUUGCCGUUUCGUAUACAUCUGCCGGGACCCCAAAGACGUUUUCGUUUCAAAGUGGCAUUUCGCGAACAAGUUGAGACCCAAAGAACUGCCACCACUUUCACUAGAGGAAACCUUUGACUUGUUUUGCAAAGGGGUUUCUCACUAUGGACCGUUUUGGGAUCACGUAUUGGGGUACUGGAAAGCUAGUGUGGAGUCACCGAAGAAGGUGUUGUUCUUGAAGUAUGAAGAUGUAAAGAAGGAGCCUUUGGGUUGUGUGAGGAAAGUUGCAGAGUUCUUAGGAGUACCCUUUACACCAGAGGAAGAAAACAAAGAGAUUGUGGAACAAAUAGUGAAGCUGUGCAGUUUUGAGAGCAUGAGCAAUCAAGAUGUUAACAAACUUGACAAAAGAUAUCAGCAACGUCCUGUUAGCAACUCUGAUUUCUUCAGGAAAGGUGAAGUUGGAGACUGGGUUAACCAUUUGUCACCUCAAAUGGCUGAGAAAUUGGAUCAGAUUACUGAAGAAAAACUUCAAGAUACUGGAUUCAACUUUCAUUGACUCCAAAGUAUCUCACUGAAUUUGAUUCAUAUUUGAAUGAAGAUUUUCUUUUUAAUUACGUGAUUUGCGUAUUAUGUGUCUUUUUCUAUUUCGAUGAUCAGCUAUGUAAUCUUUUUUGUAUCUUCAAAAAUAAUAUAAUACAUCAAGAAUAUCAAAUUAUACAUUAUUA